AUGGAUUCUCGAAGUAGUGUGUCUAAGGAAAAUACUAAAUCAAGUAAAGUGAUACGAAAGAAGGUGAAGAACUCUGAGUCCGUAGCGUUACAGAGAUAUAAGAUUGAUAGUUAUGAUUUCUUGGAACUUGAUAAGCUUUUAGAUGAUGUCUACUGCUCUGUUCGACCCGUUACUGCUAACUACGAUACUAGGAAAGAUAUGGUCAAGUUCCUCAAUGCAAUAGCUUUUGAUAUCUAUGGAGAAUAUGUCGAUAGCAUCCCGGUCUUAGAGGCGUAUGGGUCGUUUGUGAUGGAUACUUUCUCUUCGCAGAGUGAUUUGGAUGUAUCCAUUAACUUCGGUAACGAAACAUCUGAGAUUUCUCGUGAGAAGAAGCUACAAAUCCUUGAAAGGUUUGCCGAGAAGCUCCGCUCUCUACAGGAACAAGGGCGUAUUAGGAGUGUUCAAGCUAUCUGGACUGCUACGGUGCCAAUUCUCAGAUUCGUUGAUGAAGAGAUUGCUGUUGAAUGUGAUUUGUCAGUCGAUAGCAAAGACGGCAUUUUAAGUUCACAGAUCAUUGAGAUUAUAUCUCGAAUUGAUGACAGGUUUCAGAAACUUUGUUUGUUGAUUAAACAUUGGGCUAAAGCUCAUGAAGUUAACGAUACGUCACAGCAAACCCUGAAUUCUUUAUCUAUAACGUUGCUAGUCGCUCACCAUUUACAGACUCAAGAUCCUCCCAUUCUACCUCCAUUCUCUUUACUAUUUAAAGAUGGUGUUGAUCCUCUCAAUGUUGAGAAAAGGUCACAUAGUUUCUUGAACUGGGGACAACAAAAUAAAGAGUCUUUGAGUAGACUAUUUGUAACGUUUUUCGUCAAGUUGCAAUCUGUAGAAUUCCUAUGGGGAAAAGAGCUUUGCGUCAGUUUGCUGAAUGGUCUUUGGAUAUCUAAGACUAUAACCGGGUCCAUUAAGGUCUUGGAUAUUAUAGAUGUUUCUAACAAUGUGGCAAGGUGCGUUACUGGCAAAGGAGCUAAAAAAGUUUACAGAUGUAUAAACAAAACCGUCGAAGAACUUUUUGAGUUCCUCGAUGGCAAGAUCAAUGCAACACAUCUUAGAGACAAUUUGUUUACCCACCAAGCUUUUGUUGAGCCUCCUGAAGAAGAAGAUCAUCACGACAAAAGGGUAUGCUCAGAAAAAAAUGGUCAUUUGGUUCAACAUAGGCGGCAUGAUGGUGGAUUUGGUGGUGCAAAAGCAAUGCAUGAUCAUGGUGAGAUUGAUUUACCACCGCCACCUCCACCAUACGGCAGAGUUUAUAGAGUUUAUUGUGAGAGGUUUGGUCCUCAAAACCUUCCCGAACCUCAGUAG